CAGCUCAAAGAACAACGGGAAAGGGAGCGCAAGAUGAGGAAGGCCAAGGAGAACAGUGAAGAAAGCGGAGAGUUUGACGAUCUGGUCUCAGCUUUACGCUCAGGAGAAGUGUUUGACAAAGACCUUUCCAAACUCAAACGGAACCGCAAACGCAUUUCCAACCAGGUGACGGAUGGUAGCCGGGAGCGACCAAUCACAAAACUGAAUUUUUAAUUUUCUUGCAUCCUUUUCUAGAAAGCGCAGUAGCAGCCCUUUGGCCUGACUAGAACUUUUCAUUACACUGCCUUGCAAUCAAAACAGUGGCAAUUUCUUCUCUCACCUGUGAGUGAAGGUGUGAAUGUGUGUGUGUAAAUGUAUGUGUAUAUAUGUGAAAAUGUAUAUAGACGUCUGAGUGUUGUCCGGGGACCUAUGUGUAUGCUUCAAAAGUUUAUGUUAAUGUGUGUGCUCAGAAACUCUCUGUGUAUGCAUUCAUGUCGAGUGGGGCUCAUUUUCUUUCCCUGAACACCAUGAAUGUUCAGAAGCACAAUUCUCCCUCCCGAAACAGGUAACAGACAUUCCUUAACAUUAAAAACAAAACAAAACAAAAAAAAAA